AUGGACGCCCGUCUCCGUGUCCCCAGCUGGGCGGAGCUGAGGAGCGGUGACAGCCCUGUCACUGUCCCCACAGACAAGAGGGCCCCUGGUUUCCAGAACGGAGGAGCCACUGUCAAUGGUGAUGUCUUUCAGGAGUCCAACGGCCCCACGGACGCCUACGCAGCCAUAGCCAAGGCUGACCGGCUGACCCAGGAACCUGAAAGCAUCCGCAAGUGGAGGGAGGAGCAGAAGAAGCGCCUGGAGGAGCUGGAUGCUGCAUCGAAGGUGACUGAGCAGGAGUGGCGUGAGAAGGCCAAGAAGGACCUGGAGGAGUGGAACCUGCGUCAAAAUGAGCAGAUGGAGAAGAACCGGGCAAACAACAGGAUCGCUGACAAAGCCUUUUACCAGCAGCCGGACGCCGAUGUGAUUGGCUAUGUGGCCUCGGAGGAAGCAUUCCUGAAGGAGUCCAAGGAGGAAACCCCAGGCUCCGAGUGGGAGAAGGUGGCCCAGCUCUGUGAUUUCAACCCCAAGAGCAGCAAGCAGAGCAAGGAUGUCUCGCGGAUGCGCUCGGUGCUCAUCUCCCUCAAACAGACGCCCCUGUCCCGUUAGCCGCCGCCUGGCACAGCCGGGAGCGCAGCAGGGCAAGGCCAGGCUCGCCGAGCUGGGCAGCUUCGUAGGGCCGGCCCAGGAGGGCCCUCUCCCUGCCUGCUCCCUGCUGCGCGCCUGGGCUGCGCUCGAGUCACUGGCUGUAACUCUCCCCAUGGUUUUCCUUUGCUUAAAAGGUGCA